CCUAUCUCAAUUCUCAAUCAAUCUGUCUCAAUUCAAUUUGAGUUGAGUUGAACUAUCUUCUUUUUUCGAGUAAAACGUUAUUUUCAGUUUUAUUUCCAAUGACCAUUGAUCUGUUGCCUACAGUUGCGUCGGAGAAUUGUUUGAAAUUGCAGUUAUUCGAAAAACAAUAAUUUUUACGUGUACUAUAAAUAUUUACUGUGCUAACGAAACAAAUCGACCGUACAAUGACUACCUUGCAGUUUAUUCAGAUAAAGGAUUUAAAACCUGGCAUGAAGAACAUAAAUGCAGAGUUUAUAGUAUUAGAGGUAGGUCCACCGACACUCACUAAAGAGGCUAGAGAAGUGCGGACUUUGCGCGUAGCUGACGCCACUGCUUCUGUGAAUCUCUCUGUGUGGGAUGAGCCUGGCGCGCUACUGCAGCCCGGGGACAUCGUGCGUCUCACACGCGGUUACGCGUCACUCUGGCGCUCGGCGCUCACUCUCUACUCUGGAAAGUCUGGAGACAUUCAGAAAGUGGGUGAAUUCUGCAUGCUGUUCAACGAGCAAGUAAAUAUGAGCGAGCCGCAGCCGACGCCGCCACCACCGGCUGCCGGCGCUGCGACUGCAGCUGGGGACCGAUCCAACGGGGCGCACGUUCCACUGCGGCCUCUCCAGGCUCCCUCCGCACCUGCUCCUCCGCACGCUGCUAAGACAGAUCGCUUCGCGCCCGCACAGGACCACACUGGCAAACACACGCACAAAACAUACGUGCGCGGACGCGGCCACCAGCGAGGCAACAACCGGAGGUAGCAGUCACACCUGCCAGAGUUUAGUGCGUUCCAUGAUAUUGGUGCAUUCAUUGUAGUGUGAACCGAACACUGAGCACACAUUCUGGCUUGGACACAGUGCAUCCGCUACAAGGAAGCAAAGACUUAAAUAAAGUGUAAAGUAAAUAAUUUAGUAAGAAAUUUAUUUUUUUUCAGGGAUAUAAGUGUAACCAAUGUGUACUGCAGGUAUGUCUAGUGUUUAUGUACAUCACUAAAAUUGAUUUACCCAUGUUAAGCUAAUGAUGUAAUAGUAUUUGCAUCGAGGGAAACCAACCAAUUGAAGGGUUAGGUCAAUAUAUUACUAUGUAAAAAAUUGAAAUUUUGUUAUGAAAAGCCACUAAGUAAUAUGAAAACACAAACUAGCUUGUUGUCAUACGAGGAAUGUGGCUGCACAGCCUGCGCCUGCAUCCCUUGCUUCAUCUGGGCUAGGAUUAAAAAGUAGCUUCGAGUCCCACUUGUACCAACAGUGUGAAAAACCAUUGGAAUGGUCGCUUAAAAUUAUUAGAAUAAAAUGGAAUAACUUAUUUGCAUUGAAUGUAAGUAUAUAAGGUCUUACAAAGAUAAUUACUUAUGGUGUUAGGCAACAGUAACUUGAUUUGAUUUCUAUUAAUUUUAUUUUAUAUAAGAAUGUUUUACACUGUGCGUCAAGUAGCAAGUAGCAUACUUAUUCCCUAAAUAUUUGCUAGCAAAAUAUGAAAAUUGAUUUAAAUUGAUUAAGGGCAGAUGUUUCCAAUGCCUGAUAACUUUGUCAGAGGAUUGUGAUUUAUAUUUAGUUUGUUUUAAUGUAUUGGAAAGUUGAAAUACAUAAUUAUAGUUAGUAAGGAACUAACCCAAAUGUAUUUUUUGGUAGACCGACAUGAUGUUAUGAUUCAUAAACCAUUUUAUAACACCAUAACAUGUAGGUAAUCAGUCAUGUAUUGACAUGGUUUUUUGAAAUGUUUAUUGUAUGUUAAAUGCAUAGUUAUUUAUUAUUUAAGUAAAAAUAAUAUAAAAGCUAUCAUUACAACUGAAGUGACAGAAAAAUAAACAUGUGAUUUCAAUU